AUGAGUAACAACGCCUUGAUGCGCUGGGCACAGUCUGUAUCUCUUGCUACUGCUACUCUUGUCCAAUCACUGGAGCCUAACGAUGUACAACUUGGGACACCGAUUGCCUCUGAGAAAGUCCAAGAGCAUAGUCGCGAUAGCAGCAUUGAACAACGUUUUAAUCUCGAGCGUACACGAUCCGAUCUUGAAGAGAUGCGAGACAAACACGAUUAUCUUGAUACGCCACUACAAGACAACGACAGACACUCGAAUACCUCAGAGUCGCAACCUAGCCCAUCGAAUGAUCACGCCAGGGCAAGGGACUUUGUGGGAAAACGACUUCCUUGGAAGAUUCAAGAUUUACGUGAAUGUCGACAGAAUUACCAUGCAGAGCACAAGGGCGGUGGCUCGGACCGCAUCUGGAAGAGCUACCGGGGCGACUACCGGGGCGGCUACCGGGGCGGCUACCGGGGCGGCUACCGGGGCGGCUACCGGGGCGGCUACUGGAGCGGCUACCGGGGCGGCUACUGGGGUGGCUACCAAAAAACUUACGGCGGAAGCUCUCGCCACAGCUUCCUAGACGCUGACUCGGGUGAUCCUGAAAAACGGAAUCAAGUUACGGAUCAAAUUCCUCACCAAGGUGCGCCUCGAAACGAGAACAACUAUGGAUCAGAUUGGGAACCCUCUUCUUAA